CAGGUCCGCCCAGAUGCCGCCGAAAGCAUCAGCCCUGAUGGCCUGCGCAUCGGACGCGAGUCCGAUCGCCUACUACUACUGCGAGGUCGGCGUGCGCGAGCGCCUCGCGCUCUCGCGCACGAGCCGGCCGGAGGAGCGCACGGAGGGCUCCUUCCUGCUGCAGGCCCGGUUCGAGCCGUCGGUGCUGCGGCGCCUGCCUUUGGAGGAGCGGCCUGGCGUCCGCUUCGCGCCCGAGGUGGCCAUGUUCUGCUUCCCGCACGGCGUGCGCCUCGUGAACGCCUCCGUCGCCGCCGCCAACGCCAUCCCGAAAGUCACGUCCUUUGUGCUGACCGCGUCGGAUAAGUCGCGGAUGUACGGCGCGUGCAUCGUGUGGUACGAGCCGCUGCCCGACGGGGUGGUGCAGGCGUGCGUUGACGAGGUGAUGCCCGAGUGCGACGGCGUCGAGCGGGCCGCGGAGAGGGCGCUGGCCGGAGAGCUGCACGCGCCAGAGGCCAUCUGCUUGCUCUCGUCUGCUCCAAUCUUUGAGGCGCUCAACAGCUGCUGCCGGCAGCUCUUUCGAAUGCGGCUCUCUGGCGGCGACCCCGCGUCGACAGAGUACAUGCUGACGGAGGCGUCGCUGCGCCCGCUGCUCACCACGCCGCUGCCAGACUACGGCGGGCGAGUCGACGUCCCGCUGGGGAACGUCUCCAUCCACGUCGUCAUCCCUCCGGCGAACGAGCUGCCUCACACGAUGGCCGGUCGCGACUUUCUGCUGCUGUUCGAGUGCCUCGACGUCUCCUCGGUGAUCGUUCUGUGGGCGCUGCUGCUGGCGGAGCAAAAGGCCCGGCAGACGCACGUGCUGACGAUGGCGGCGGAGUCGCUCUGCGCUCUCCUCUUCCCGUUCUCGUGGCAGCACGUCUACAUCCCGAUCCUCCCCGCGUCGCUGCUCGACAUUCUGCAGGCGCCGGCGCCGGCGCCGGUGCCCUUUCUGAUCGGAAUCGACGAAGAGGUGCUGGGCAUGGCGGAGCAGGGGGGGCUGGUGCCGGACGACGUCGUGCAGACUCCGGCCGGAUCGCUGGCGGAGAUGAGCGAGGGUGAGGUUGCCGCCGCGGUCAGCCGCAUCAAGGCCGGCUUCCUCCGCUUCUUUGUCUCGAUGAUGGAGCUCCUCAUCGUGCCGUCCUCCACCAUCAAGCAGCCCGCGGCCGUCGACUUCUUCGACGAGCGCCGCUGGCGGGCCUUAGAAGCGGACUCUACGUUUACGCAGUGGCUGGAGGCGCGGCUGGCGCCGUCCGCGGAGCCCGAGCUCGAGAUUGUCUUCUUUAACGAGCAGAUCGACGCGAAGAUCAUGCGCUCCACGAAGGGCCGCCUCCUCGCCAAGCACACGACGCCGCUCCUGUCGACGGGGGUGAUGCCGAGCGGCGGAUAUGGCGGCAGCCUCGUGCCGCCGCAGGUGCGAACCGUCUACAACGCCUCGAUGAUCGCGGCGAGGCCGGUGCAGGCGCAGCAGCAGGAGUUCUCCCGCCAGCUGCUCUGGAGCCGCGUCAACGUCGCCGCCGCCUUGCGCGUGCAUGUCUGUGCGUGGCCGUCGGAGGGCGCGGAGCAGCUGGCGCCCUUUGCGGCGUACGGGCUCGACAAUCUCGCGGCGCGCGAGACUGACGGCUCGGGCGGCGAGUUGCCGCUCUGUGUCGUGGCGCAAGGCUUCGCUUCGGUCUUUGUUCUCGACUACUUUGCGCGCGCCCAGGCGGCGGCGGAGGAGGAGGAGGCGGCGGCGAGGACGGACAUGGCAUUGACGGCCAUGCAGCGGAAGCAUCCGCACCUGCGCGGCGGAUGGGCGAACUUCCACCCAAAGGGCGACCCGCUCAGCUUGCCGCUCGCGCCGUGUUGCCCCGCCAUCGCGCAGGAGCACGCCUUGACUGUCCGGCCGCGGCGCGACCAGCCGUUGCCCCUCGCUUGCCUCGCGGACGUCGCCGGCGUGGUGCGGCCCGUUGCGCAGGCCGUGUCGUGGGUGUGGCAGGAUACCAACCGCUGAGGCGCGGCGCCCCGAGCUAGCCUCGCCCGGUCGCCGCUGCAUUCAGCACAGCAGCACACUCUCACUGUCCGUGGAGGGUGGGUGGCGCAGCGCGAUCAGGUGCCUCCCGCCCACUUUCUGUCUAUGUGGAAUGCGUACCGAUGCCCUGAUGAGCUCUCGUCUCUACUUGGUGUAUAAACGUGCAACGAAAAUCCCA